UUCACUCCAGUAUACGCGCGCUUUUUGUUGUUGUUUAUUAUUUCAACAUAAUUUACAUUAAAUGAAAAAUUCGUUAGAUAAAAUUAUUGUCUUUCAAAAAACUAUUUAAAGAUUAGCUUUAUAUAAAGUUUUAUAUUCAAAAUGCACGAUUUUGCUCAUGAUUUUGAUACUGUUACGCCCGAAGUGUGGAGAGCAAACGAAGAAAGUUGGAAGCAAAAGCUCUUAAAUUUACCUAAUUGGCAUAAGAUUCCUCUUAUUAACUGUAAUGCUUCUCAUAAUCUUUUCGACGGGUCUCUGGCUCGCUUUCGAGGAAUGGUUCAAGAUAUGCACAACCCAGAGUUCUAUUUUGAAGAGUUUGAGGUGUUCAACACAGUUACAUAUGAAGUGAAAACAAAGUCGGGGAAGUAUACGGACACGGCGUCGAUUCUGGAAAAUGAAAAAAUCAACUACACAGAAAACCUAAAGAGUGCACAAAGACAGACAAUGGUUGUAGUAUCAAUGCCAGGUUUAAAUGAAUGGGCUCAAAACAUUGAGAAUGAUAAAAACCAUUUGAAACACCUUGAAGACCAGCCAAAUACUUCAAAGAGGUUAAAUGUUACCAAGUUAAAACGCAGCUAUGAAGAAUGUGAGGAUGAGGAUGCCAUGGAAGUUGAAGGUAGUGACGGAAAGAAGGAACCUAGAGUGGCGGAGACUGUGAAUGAACCUUCUAAUGUUGUGUCAAGAGAGCAUUUGUUGAAUUUUCCCUUACCUGAUGUUGCUAGCAAAUCUUGUAUCAUAAAGAUAUAUGAUGACAGUGAAAACCUUAAACUAAACGACAUGAUAGAAGUGGUUGGUUUUCUAUCAGUUGAUCCAGCACUUUCCGGAGAGUUCCAACCAGAUAAGAAUGACCUGCUUGAACCCACCACGGAAACUGAAGUAGAAACAAUAACACACAACCCACCUCCGAGCCUUGUACCGAGAUUGCAUGCUGUGUAUGUUAAGAAGUUGGACCAUUGCAAUCCAUUGAUUAUGGAUGGUGUUGAUAAAGAGAAUGUAUUAAAAGAAGCAAACUCAGCCAGGGAGCAUUUACUGAAAGCAUUGACUGAGUUGCUAUUGGGUGACCAGUUGGCUGCUGAGUAUUUAAUAUGUCACCUCAUUGCAUGUGUGUAUCUACAACAAGACACAUUAUCACUGGGACAAUUCUGCCUCAAUAUGUCUAAUCUGCCUACAAAGAAAUAUCCCAAUUAUGCAAAACAGUUGUAUGAUAUCAUUAAGCAAUUUGUAACAAAAAGUUACUAUCUACCGUUAACUGUGGAUAAUAUGAAUACAAUGCCUUUACUACCCAAAAAAGAUUAUGACUGUAAUAGAUUAACAAGUGGAGUUCUCCAGCUAAGCAAACACACACAUUUAGUGUUAGAUGAGACACAAAUGGAACAGGGGCAAUUGGAUUCUACUGGCGUCAACAAUAUCACAGCUUUGGGGAAUCUAAUAAAGUUGCAGAAGGUUGAAUAUGAUUUUAAAUAUUAUAAAAUGGAGUUUGAUUCAGAUAUAUCUGUGCUUAUUCUGUCGGAAGGAAAAAGUUUAUUACCUAGCGAUUAUCACGUGUCUCUACGUCCAGAAGCUUCGUCGUUGGAAAUAUUUGACGCCAUAGUAGAAGCAGCUACUUAUUACCUUAAAGAAGAUAUUAUGAACACCAUUAGAAUGUAUCUUACUAGUUUAAAACUCAUAAAAUACUCAAUUACAGAGGAUUUGCAGUUUGUUGAAGAAGAUUUUAUAGAAAUGCGCAGUAAAUCAGACUCGGACACUCCAGUUACCGCAGAUGAUCUACACAGACUUCUCGUAUUAGCUCGCCUCGUCAGUUUAUCCCGUGGUUUUGAUACACUCAACAAGGAAUGCUGGGAUAUAACCAAGAAAAUGGAGGAAGAAAGAAUAAAUAGAUUGAAAAAUAAAGUUCCGCCUUUGUCAUAAAUAUGAGUAGUGCUUUUUUAAUAAAUGUUUUUUUUAUAU